UAUCCCUUAAAUUUUACUGAACUCGCUAUCGAAAUGGGUUCAUACAAGCUUCUACCGAAGAUGAAAUCUCUAUAGGAGGUGAUUUGCACAAUCAUUCAUCGGAGGUGACCAAUCUUGGUCGAAUACCUCGAGGGUUUCCAUUUCGUUUGUCGUGGCUCGCUUGAUCCAUUUUUCCAAAGUCGAAGGUUAGUCCUUCUGGUCAUCACAGAAUCUACCUCUAAUGGUGAUGGACAAAAGAGAUAAGAUCAUAACCUUUAGGUACCUUCCAAAACUCAGUUGUGAUAUCACUUGUCUCUGUAUUCAACAUUAGUCUCUUUGUGAUGUCAAGUCUUGCAGAGGGAUCAUCUUCUUGCAAUGAAGCCUCUGCAGUGCAGAGUUACCCAGAUGACCAAACCAGAUCAUCCUCCAACCUGUUGAGAGUCACUAUACUAGGUGAUGAAUGGGGUUCAUCAAAAGGGGGUCUCUCAACCAUCAAUAAAGAGCUGGCAAUACAAUUAGCCAAACAUCCCAACUUGGACAUCAGUGUGUAUCUUCCCCAGUGCAAUGCAAAGGACAAGAGUGAUGCAAGUGUUCAUAAUGUUCAACUGAUGGAAGCAGAAGAACUUCCAGGAUAUGAUCCAAUUGACUGGCUGACUGUUGUACCAGAAAAUCAUGCCAUUGAUAUUAUCAUAGGUCAUGGAGUACGUCUUGGUAGACAAAUUCCUAUCAUAAAGAAACAUCGUGGCUGUGGUUGGAUACAAACGGUCCACACAGCCCCAGAAGAGCUUGGCAAGUACAAAACCUAUGCCGAUGCAAUUUCAAAAGGUGAGAAGAAGCAUCAAGUGGAAGUAAAACUUUGCGAAAGGGCUGAUCAAGUUCUGGCAGUUGGGCCAAAGUUGGCAGAAGCCUACAGGCGUUACUUGCGUUCCAGCCAGAAAGAUCAAGCUGUUCUGGAUCUCACGCCUGGUAUUUUCUCUCAAUUCUCCCAAGUCAAACAAGUCAGUAAAGAUGGGAAAACAUUUGGUGUUCUGGUGUUUGGGCGUGGAGACAGUGAAGAUUUUUGUCUGAAAGGCUAUGACAUCGCAGUCAAAGCAGUUGCAAGGUUGGAGAAAUCUUCAUACCAUCUCACAUUUGUUGGUGCUCCUGCUGGAAAAGAAGAUGAAGUUACAGAGCAGUUAGAGAGAUGGGGAAUUUCCCGCAGGCAACUGACUGUUCGGUGCUUUGACGAAAGUAGAGAAUCCCUUGCCAAACUAUUUUGUGAGAUGGAUUUAGUACUAAUGCCUUCAAGAACCGAGGGAUUUGGAUUGACGGCCUUAGAAGCCAUGUCUGGUGGCCUGCCAAUACUUGUAAGCAGUAACUCUGGAUUUGGGGAAGCACUCAAGCAAGUACCAUUUGGCAACCAAUUUGUUGUGGAUUCAGAGGAUCCUGAGAAGUGGGCAGAGGCAAUUAGGGCUGUUCGAAAGAAGGAUAGGAACUUAAGACUGGAAGAGGCCAAACACCUUCAAAAAAUGUAUGCCAGCAAGUUCAGCUGGAAGGAACAGUGUGAUUCACUCUAUGAAGCAAUGUGUACUAUCAUGUCAAGAUCCACUACUGAUUUAAAUUCGACCACAAUCCCAGGAAGUCAGUUCACCUUAGUAAACCCUAAUCAGGCCGAUCAGGGUGCUGGACAUUUGGCAAGCAAUCCUGAAGGAUCGAUUGCUGAUUUAGAUUCAACCACAAUCCCAAGGAGUCAGUCGAACUUAGUAAACCCUAAUCAGGCUGAUCAGGGUGCUGGACAUUUGGCAAGCAAUCCUGAAGAUCCAUCAGCCAAGCAGCCUUCUAGAAAGCGUAAACAGUCCAUCUCUCCUGGUGUUCAAGCUCCUAAGCAAUGUAGAUUGGUGUUAGAUGACAAAGAAGAUCGUAUUACCUUGGUGGUUAAAAGACUCCAAGCUGAAUACAAAAGGAGGUCUUUGGUGAAGCCUCUACCCUGGAACAAUACCCUUCAACUGCAACUUGACGACACCUACACCAGAUUGAAAUUUCUCUCUCGCAGAAAACGUGACUUCAUGUUGGAAAAUCUUGCCAUCGACAUCAAUGACAUGUUUGUGUUCAACAAAGGGGAGGAUAGCAUGGUUUUAAUUGAAGGAAGUCCAGGAAUCGGGAAAACAACAUUUUGUCUUAACUUUGCAAAUAAGUGGGCCAGAGAAAGAUCUGCAGAAAACAGUCAAUUGAGUAUCAACUUUGAGUUAGUUCUUCUUUUAAAGUGCCGGGAUUUUGAAGGAGAUGUCAUGGAAGCAAUCUGUAAUCAACUGCUUCCUGAAGAUUGUGAUGAAGAAAUUAGGAACAAUCUUAUGGAUUUCCUAAAAGACUUCCACAACCAAGAAAAAGUUUUGCUAAUUUUGGAUGGUUUGGAUGAGUUGCCCACAAGGUCUAAAUGCCAUGUAGAUAAAUUACUUAACAGACAAAUUCUCCCAUUUUGUUUUGUGUUGGUGACAUGCCGACAAGAGAGAGGAAUUUCAGCUCGAAAGGAGUUUCAAUUUGAAAUUCAUUUUCAAAUUGAAGGGUUCACCAACAAAGCUGCCUCUGACUUUGUCAUGAGAUAUUUUGAAAACAUUUCCCCUACAAAUGGCCAAAAACUGAUGGCAGAAAUUAAGGAAAAUACUCUCCUCCAAGCCCUUCUAAAUAACCCUUUAAAUUUGCUUCUUCUGUGUGUUGUGUUUGAGGACUCUCAAGGAAAACUUCCUUCUUCCCGGACUGAACUUUAUCAGAUUAUAGUCUGUUGUCUCUUGAGGAGAUAUUGUGCUAAGCACAAGUUGAAAUCUCAUCCUGAUGACAGAAUACUGCAGAAGCAGUUUGAAGAGAGCACACUUGCUUUGGGAGAGCUAGCGUGGAAGUGUCUUCUCCAAGAUCGCCACAGUUUCUCUGAAGAAGAGUUAGCAAGCCUUGAAAGAAGAACUGAUGGUCUAGUUGCCCGUUACAUUGGUCUUGUAUUCAAGGAGGCAAGUGUGAAGAAGAUUAAUCCCAGUGAUGAAUAUUAUUUUCUUCAUAAAACUUUCCAAGAGUUUUUAGCUGCAUCAUAUCUUGCACAUAGUCUGCAGAAAGAUGACAUUAACAUCUUCAGAGACUUUGCGUUGGGGUUCCAUGACAUUGUAACAAAAUACCGGCAGGUGUUUCUGUUUGCAGUUGGGAUACUAGAGCAAAAUGAUGUUUUGUUCAGACAAGUUGGUGAAGAACUUUUACAAGACUAUGAUGAGUGGAACUGGCUUCAGUGCUCAGAAGAAGAAGCAACAUUCUUCACUGAAUGCCUCAAGGAAAGUGGAAACUCAGAGGACAUGGCAUGUACUCUCUUUUCAUUAAUUCCACUUCCACAAGAUAUAGAGAUCAUUCACAAUGUCCAUCAUUAUUCUGAAAACUUUGUGCCUAUUUUGAAAGUUUGCCAAGCAUUUCCACAACUAAAACAACCAAUCAACCUUUUCAUAGCCGAUGCCAAUUUUCUUGAGGAUUGUGAGGUGAAGACCAUUACAGAUGUCCUGGAAUCUUCUUGUCACCUUGAGAAUCUUGAUUUUUCUGCUAGUGAAAUGACAAAGGCACUAGCAGAUGCUUUAUUUGAAGGACUGUCCUCCAGCCCAUCCUUAACACAUCUUUCUCUCAAUGUAUCACAUAGCAUGGCUCCCAAUCAAGCUUACAUUAUUGGCAAGGCAUUGGCUGCAAGCAAGAAUUUGAGAACAGUAGCAAUGGCAAUUGGCAGUGAUUGGGAUGAGACUUGGGCAAGUGCUCUUGAACAAGGAUUAACAGCAGGAACACAGUUAAGAGGUGUCAUCCUAACCAUCUGUGGGACAAUGAGUCAAACCACCUUACAAGCCCUGAUACACCUGUUUAAAAACAAAUCUUUAGUCUCUCUUUCCAUUUUUCUAGCAGGAGAUAUGCAUGAUUCUGUAGCUUCUGCUAUUAAUGAAGGUCUAACUACAGCAGAUUGUUUGGAAUCAUUUCAGCUUCUUAUUUUUGGAAAUUUGAGUUACUCUGGUGCAAUUUCCCUUGAGAAGGCAUGUUUUCAAAAUCAGUCCUUGAAGACAUUGGAAGUGAUUGUUCGUGGAGAGGUCCCUGAGAACUGGUCUACUACUGUCCUCAGAUUAAUGCCAUCUAAGACAGCAUCACUGUCGUGUGAUUUUCAACCUAGUAUCUGCCACAAGGUAACAGAGACACAAAUAUAUCAUCUUAUUAGUCGCAUUUUUCCAAGUGGUAGAUUCUUGUCUGGACAGUCCUUAACUUUGACCCUCUGGGGUGGACUUACUUGCAGUGGUGCAAAAGCCCUCCACAAAGUAAUCAGAAGUUCUGGGAUAUCCAGUUUGACUCUUAAUGUCCAUGGCAAAUUGGACAAAGAAGUUGUACUCUGUCUUGCCGAAUACAAGAAACAUACAAAGACACUAUCCUCCCUGAAAGUCAACUUUUGUUGUUAUCUCUCUGAAGAGGAAAAGUCUGUUUUUCAUGAUUUACCAAGUAAUGGUCAAGAAUUUGAAAUUUCUAAUGAUUUGAAUUUCCUCCAAGAGGAAUCUUCAUCAUGUAUUUCUGAAUCCUCUGACUCCUACCAUUUGAAAUCAAGAUCUGAAACCUGCAAGGUUAAUCUAACUUCUAGCAGCACAAGUGAAGACUCAGCACUCUUGGAAAGAUUACAUAAUGGUUUGCAAAAUACUGUGCCAUUGACAACUCUGAGCAUCAGCAUCAAUUUUGACGCCAGCCUUAGUGGAAACUGGUCUUCUGGCUUGGCUACUGCCUUGGCUGAGAACACUUCAGUCACAACUUUCAAUCUCACUUUAAACAACUAUGAUGACAUAGGGGGUGACUGGGGAUGUUGUCUAGGUGAAGCCAUAGAAAGAAACACCUCAGUGACCACAUUAAAGCUCACAUUCAACAACUAUGCUGAUAUGAGUGGUGACUGGGCCCAAGGUCUAGCUGAUGGCUUAGCCAGGAACACAUCAGUAACCACACACCAUCUUGCAAUCAAUGAUUUUGGCAACACAAGUGGAGAUUGGGCAUACACCCUUGGUGAUGCUUAUGCUAAAAACACAAACUUGACUUCACUUCAUCUGAAGAUCAACAACCAUAGUUUAGACAGUGACGACUGGCUUGAAGGUUUGUGUAAUAGUUUGUCAAGGAGUAAUUCCAUAUCCAAGCUUCAUUUCUACUUGAAUGGUCAAGAUGUGUUUCUAAAGAAUGGAAGCCUGAGAGAAAAUCUUAGCAAGUGGUCAGCAAAAACUUCAUCAAAAACAUCACUUCAACUGAUGAUAACCUUGUUUGGAGAAGAUUUAAGUUAA